AUGCAUGUCUCCAGAGACUACGCCCCUGGUCUGCAGUAUGUCCUCCCCAGCGCCCCCGUUGAUGACAUAUUCUAUCUUUUGAAACGUGACGGCGCCGUGGUCAUCCGGAAUUUGAUUUCCCACGAAGACCUGGAUCAGACAUACGAAGAAAUUGAAGACACGCUGAACGCGGACCUAGAAUGGGACGGCGAGUUCUUUCCAAAGGAAACUAAACGGGCCAAUGGCCUCAUAGGCAUUAGCCCAACCUACGUCCGCACGCAGUUAAUGCAUCCGCUCUUUCAAGCGACCAGCGCCCAUUUCCUGACCACACGAAGCACAUACUGGUGGGGCAACAAGCGCAAAGAGUCCGUCUCCAGGCCGUACGUGCAGGCGGCAUUGGCUAUACAGGUCGGGCCCGGUGCAAAGGCCCAGCCGUUACAUUGUGACUCCUAUAUCAAUCAUCGGGUCGUAGACGAGAUAGCCGAGUGGAACGAUGAGCGCGAUGCGAACCGCGAGACCUCGCUUGGGAUGUCUUCCUGCCCCGAUACUCCACCUCCUGAAUCCGCUAUCAUUGUGCCCAGACUGUCAAAAGGUGACGCAUUCAUGAUGCUCUCGUCCCUUCGGCAUGGUGGGGGCAACAAUACCACGUCCGAUCAGCACAGACUCAUCUACUGCAGUUUUGCGACGCGCGGGUUCCUGCGUCAGGAGGAGAACCAGUAUCUCGCUGUUCCGGGGGAUGUGGUGAAGAGCUAUGACAGGGCUACGCAGCAGUUCAUCGGGUACUAUAUCAGCGAACCAGCUUGCGGACAAGUAAACCAGCGGGACCCCAUCUAUGUGCUUUAUCCGGAGGAUGCGGCAAAGCCGAGUGAUUUUUGA